UCCACAGCUGCUUCUGAGGGGCUGGCCAAGUGGCCCUGCUGGCUCUCCCUCCUGAGAGCCAUGGCAAAGAAUGGACUUGUAAUUUGCAUCCUGGUCCUUUCUUUGCUCCUGGACCAGACCACCAGCCACCCAUCCAAAGCAAAAGCCAGGAAGCACAGCAAGCGCCGUGUGAAAGAAAAGGAUGGAGAUCUGAAGUCUCAAGUUGAAAAGCUCUGGAGAGAAGUUAAUGCGCUGAAGGAGAUGCAAGCCCUUCAGACAGUCUGUCUCCGAGGCACAAAAUUUCACAAGAAAUGCUACCUUGCUUCAGAAGACCUGAAGCAUUUCCAUGAAGCCAAUGAAGACUGUAUUUCCAAGGGGGGCAUCCUGGUUGUCCCCAGGAACUCCGACGAAAUCAAUGCCCUCCAAGACUAUGGGAAGAGGAGCCUGCCCGGAGUCAAUGAAUUCUGGCUGGGCAUCAAUGAUAUGGCCACAGAAGGCAAGUUUCUCGAUGUCAAUGGGAUGGCUGUCUCCUUCCUCCACUGGGACCGUGCACAGCCCAACGGUGGCAAGAAGGAGAACUGUGUCCUGUUCUCCCAGUCAGCUCAGGGGAAGUGGAGUGAUGAAGUCUGUAGGAGUAGCAAGAGGUACAUAUGUGAGUUUACCAUCCCCUAACAGAUCCUUCUCGAAUGUAUCUUCCAAGCACAGUUGGCCAUGAUUUACAGACUGGUGAUAGGUCAAAAUUAUUACAAUUAAUUGCAAAGUUUCAACACAAGUGUCAAUGCCCAUAUCUACACAACAGAGCUGGACAACUUGUUCGCACGUUCCUUUGUGCUUCUGGCCUUUCUGGGGCACAAGGGACCAGAAACAAUACUCUAUCCACCAGCCAUGUGCACACUAUUAAAAUAACUUCUGUGAACUGAGUUAUCAAAUCUUUUUUCUCUUUCCUUGUCCUGAUCAUUUGUAUAGACUCAGUCAGUAUUUUAAAAAUGCAACACCCUAUACAUUUCUUCAAUCUAGAAGAACCUGGAAGACUUUUCUCUUGAAAGUUUAGGGUACUCAGUGACAGCAGUACAUUCUUAGAAAUAUGUCAUUAGGGAAUUUUAUUGUUGUGUUAUUAGUCAGUGUUGUUGUUUUAUAAAAAUCCUUGUGUAUACUUACCAAACCUAGCUGGUCUAGGUAAAUCCCUCAAGACACAGGAUGUAUGAGGCGUCUGCUGGUGUGACACAGCAGACUGCAUGACAAUAUAUUUUUUGCAAAUAGGAGUGUUCUCCAAGACAGCAAUAAAAAGUAUACUGUAGUGGGUUAGUCAUCACUAUGAUAAAAUACCUAAAACUGGAUACACGUGAACAGAGGUGGAUUUAGCUCACAGUUUUGGUGGCUUGAAGACCAAGAUUGGGGAGCCUCAUUGACUCCUCCUCUGGUGACAGUGACAAAUGGUUGGGACAUCAUGGCUAGGCACACA